CAAGGCGUAAAUGAUGCUCUGGGAAUCGGCGCUACUCCAGGUGGACAAGGAAGUUGGGGUACGCCAAUGGGAGCGGCACCAGGCGACUUCGGUGAGGCCGCGAAAAUCUGGUCCGACCCUCACGUAGAUCAACAGCAACAACAGUUUAACCCCAUGCACGGACAUCAUCGAGGAAUGAACGGGAUGAUGGACCCACAAGGUGGGAGCGAUUGGAUGGGUACUCCAGGCCUCAACCAGAUGCCGUUAUGGGGUGAUUUACAAAAGCAAGACCAUGAUGGUUACUGGAAACAUCAACAGCAAGCUGGCGGUUGGGGUGGACCACCAAGUGGCUUAGGUGCGUGGCCACCGCGUCAGAUGCAUCCGAACGCCCCACCACCACAACACGGCGCACAUGGACAACCACCGCGAAUGUUCGUGCAGCGACCUCCACAAGUGUGGGCGCCGAAUGGUGGAAUGAUGGGUGGACCACCAGUCGGGAAGCAAGCAAUGCCAUGGGAUCAGCAACGUAUGACGGGUAUGCCACGGGGUGGAAUGGGUCGUGGUGCUCCAGCGGGUGGCCGAUAUCCUCCUGGUGGAAUGGACAUGAGUGUACCUCCUCCAAUCGACUUGCCUCUGAGUGGAAUGUCUGGAAUGCGGCAGAUGGCUCCACCGAAUGCUGCAGGAACAUGGAAGCCUGAGAUUGGCGUUCCACCGAACGGCAUACGAGGCGCAACAGCAUUUGGACAGAUGGCUGCUCCAUUGAUAAUGUCCGGAAAGCCGCAGGCUGCACCGAACCAGUUCCCUAUCGGUGGUGUGGACGAUCUGAUGUGGCACGAUCCGAAUGGAGAUCUGAAGAAAUGGCAGCGAGAUACUGGAGUGUCUUUGUGGGGCGAUCCAGAGAAAAACAAUGAGCGCCCUGUACGCUUGUGGAUGAUAGGCGAAGGUGAAGAAGAGGACUUAGAAGUGGCAUUGAUGAAAUGCCCGGUUCCGCAGAAGAAGGUGGAUGGAAGUAAUGAGGAUGGCUCGGCGCGGUUGCCGUUCCCGAUACCUGCCAAACGCCCUAUCGUAGUGACCGGAUGGGGAGAACUGCCAGAAAAUGAUCCCAAUAACCCGAUAAAACAUGGUGCGUUUCGCAUCACUCUAUGA